UGUUGGUGAGUGUGUGUAUGUAUGCAUGUGUAUGUGUGUUUAUCCACCAAUACCUAUUUUUAAUGGUGUUGACUUGUUGCAGCCGUCGUAACUUAGCGGUUUGACAAAUAGAUACCGAUAGAAUAAGUGUCAGAUUUUAAAAUUUAUUAGUACUGCUGCUUAUUCGUUCAACUGAAAGCCUUCGCAUGCGAUGCUCCAGCACGGCCGCAGUCAGAUGAAUGAAACAGACACAAGAACGAUAAAACAUAAAAGGUCAUUACAAUAAAAAAAAAAAUUUUUUAAUAAUUAAAUAAUUAAUUAAACAAAUAAUAGGUUUUUUUUCACUUUUUGCCUCCAGUGGCCACCAGGUGGCUGCAACAAGCUGAGAAAGAGAGAGAGAGUUACGUCCCUUCGUUGGCCAUUUUUUCCCCUUUAAAUAAAUUCUUCAUCAAAGUCUUAAAAAUAUUUCCCAUUUCCCAUUAAAAUACAAAUCCAUUCUUCCAUCGAAAUAAUGCAUCUGUCCGUGCCGGAUAUUCUUGAUGUCUGGCCACAGCUUGACUCGCCUCUCGCCGCAGCCGAUCGCUCACAGCAAUCCGUAGGUGUUGCUGGAAUGAGACUGGUCAGUUAGGGAGCUCUGUGAGUAACAGUUAUACAUACAUCUACAUAUAUACGUAUAUAUAUAUACAUAUAUAUAUAUAUAUGUAAUCACACACACAUAUAAGCAUAUAGAUAUGUGUGUAUAAUUUUCAACUGCUGUCCUUUUUCUUUCUCUCUCUUCCCGUGUACUAUGUCUUGUGUAUACUUUUGGCUGAGGUUAAAGUAGAGAAAGAGAAAGAAGCAGUCAAACUCGAGAAAGAAGUCCGUUGGGAGUUUUGUUUUGAUAGACAAGAUGUCAAGUGAUAACGAUGAUGAUGAGAAAACCCUUACCGUCGUACUGUCGGAUGAUAAUACUUUGGAGAAAAGUCCAGAGAGAAAAGAAGAGGCCUCUGCAAAUGAUGAGGAUGUCACUGAUAGCAAUCCACCAGCGUCACCUCCGCCCCCAGCCCUCAGGCCAAGGGCCGCUAAGAAAUCUGCUAAAAUGUUGAACAAAUUGUUGAGUUCCAGUCAGGAACCAAGGAGGCGACCUGUCCGAAGCACAAGGCCCAAACGCAAGCUGCUAACUGAGUUCCGACCCUAUAAAUGUGAAUACUGUGGGAAAUACUUCCCCAAGGCCAAGCAAUUGUCCAUACAUGUUCGCACUCACACGGGCGAGAAACCCUACAAAUGCGAGCAGUGUGAUCGUGCGUUCACCCAGUCGCAUCACCUUGUCACCCAUCUACGAACCCAUACCAAAGACCGCCCUUACCCCUGCGUCUGCUGUCCUCGGGCAUUCACCACAUCCAGUAGCCUCACUCGUCACGUACGCACUGCUCAUUUACACGAACGUCCCUUCAAAUGUACAUUCUGUGACAGGGCCUUCGCAUUCCAGGAUCGCUUGGACUCCCACAUUCGUACCCAUACCGGUGUAAGGCCCUUUCAGUGCCCCCUAUGUCCACGUGCGUUUGCUGUCUCCUAUCGACUAACUGCUCACAUUUUCAUCCACCGUCACGGCAAACCCCACAAAUGCUCAUACUGUCCGAAAGCGUUUGCCGUUGCUUCUCAUCUGACAAAACACAUUCGUGUGCACACUGGGGAACGGCCCUUCAAAUGUGUGCACUGCGAGAAGUCGUUUACCCAGCCGUAUCACCUGACCAUACACCUGAGGAACCAUUCCGGGGAAAGACCUUAUAAAUGCACUUACUGCACGGAAGCGUUUAAACGAUCUGGUGACCUGCGUGCCCAUAUCCGAAUCCACACGGGUGAGAGGCCCUUCCAGUGCAAAGUUUGUGGGAAACAGUUCACACAGUCGAGUAACUUGUCGAAGCACCAGAAAAUACACACCAAUGACCGUCCUUUCCGGUGCUCUCACUGUGAUCGUGGUUUCAUCCGAGCCAGUAGUGUCAUUGCCCACGAACGGACACACACUGGCGAAAAGCCAUACAACUGUGGCCUGUGUCCCAAAGCUUUCAUGUCGAUGGGGAGCCUGACAAAACACGUCAAACUGAAUCAUGGCGAAGAAGACGGAGUCGAUUCCAACGAGGCUUUUGCUAAAUCUUACAAGUGCGAGUUCUGUCCUGAAGCAUUCCGAAGGCGCUGGGAAUUGAAGGACCACUUUCAAGAGACCCACUCAAAAGACAGACCCUAUAAAUGUGACCAGUGUGACAAAGCUUUCACUCAAAGUACCCACUUAACCUCCCACAAACGCACGCAUGUAUCAGAGUCCACUGUUACCACCAAAACAACUGUGGACUCUACAAAUGAGGCUGAAAAGAAAAUUGGUUCCGACGAAAACGAAAAUGCUGACAAUCAGAAGGGUGGCAGCCAAGAUGGUACUGGAUCUGAGACAAAAUCUUCAACUGCUGAUGUAAAACCUGAGAAACCUUUCAAAUGUGAAUACUGCACCUACACAUGUCGACGACGGCACGACUUGACCAAACACACCCGUAAACAUACAGGGGUUUCGCCCCAUCAGUGUGAGUUCUGUGCCAAGACCUUUACUCAGCGAGGAAACUUACUGUCGCACAGACGCAUACAUACGGGCGAGAAGCCAUACAAGUGCGACUACUGCGAAAGUCGGUUCCGCUCCAGCAGCCAUUAUAGUACACAUCUGAAACUACACACGGGGGACAUGCACAAAUGCCAACACUGUGGUAAGCAGUUCACAAAACUCGAUCAUUAUCAGAAGCAUCUGCGAAUUCACACGGGCGAGAAGCCCUUUCGCUGCGAAUACUGCGGGAAAGGGUUUUCUGCUUCCGAAUACUUGACUGUGCAUCUGCGCAUUCAUACAGGGGUUAAACCCUACAACUGCAGCCACUGCGGGGAAGCGUUCAGGCGUGUCGGUGACCUACGUGUCCACGAAAUGAUUCAUACUGGUUACAGGCCGUAUAAAUGUCAGUUUUGUGAUAAAGGGUUCCGGAAGUCUUACGGGUUGACUGCCCACCUGCGCAGUCAUACUGGCGAGCGCAACCACAAGUGCGAGCUCUGCGACAAGUCGUACGGGACGGCAUCGCAUCUCAAGAAGCAUCAGCUUAUUCACAACACCGAUCGUCCGUACAAGUGCAAGUACUGCAACAAGACUUUUGCCGAGUCCAGGAACCUUGCCAUCCACACUCGGAGUCACUCGGGGGACCGUCCGUUUGGCUGUUCAUUUUGCGACAAGUCGUUUACGCGGCUCGACAAGUUGACCAUUCACCAACGCACCCACACUGGCGACCGUCCUUACAUGUGCCGCUACUGUGACAAAUCUUUCACCGCGGCCUACGGCCUCAACAAACACAUGAAGACCCACUCGCACGAGAAGAAAUACGCCUGUCCAUGGUGCGGAGACGACUACCUGCAGUUUCCUGCCCUCAAUGCCCACAUGGCCACUCACACUGGCCUCGACAAGAACAAAUGCAAUCUGUGUGGCAUGCAAUUCUCCGACACCGACCAGCUAAACAAGCACCUGUGGGCCUGUUUCUUAACGCUAGGAAGUCCCAGUCAGCCUCCUCCAGAGAACACGCAAGCAGCUAGUUCCUCGGAAGAGGCGAACCUGUCCGAACCGUGCAACGAUCUAACGUCGCCACCACAGCCACUGCCGCCACCACCACCACCACCACCUUUACAACCCAGUAACAACACGAAAAACGAAGUGGCCCCCAGAUGGCCGCACCCGAGCACAAACUACUCUAUGAACCGUAUCAUUUCCAAGACUGUUCCCCCUGUGUCCCCUCCUGGGGCAAAUUCACGAAAUGCUGAUUCUCAAUGCACUUACGAAUAUGCUGGCAACAUGUUUUUGUUAUGAAGGUCCUCAUCGUGUCCAGCUUGGGCAGUAACAGGAGAGUAUUGGGCCUAAAUGCCUCUGCACCAGUUUCAGUUUCGUCGCUCCACACACUUUGCAUUCAGUAUUUCUCGCCGCCACCACCAUACUGGGGGCUAAGUUUGACUUUUAAACCCCUGCCCAUGACAGGCAGGGUGUUAUGUGGAACGAUAAAACUAACACCCUCAAAGUACCCCACAACCAGUUGACAAGGAUUAAACAAGAGACAAUGCAUUCUUCAACUGAUAAACCAAAGCAACCACCCUAAACACCUACCCACUUAACCACCUUCUUUCCAAACUCUAACCUACAAUCUAUGUUUUUUUGUUUUUUUUUGUGGGGGAAGUGCUCCCUUUAAACUCGGAGGACCUUCGGGCUAAACCUGAUUCUGCACCAAAUAUCUGUGACAUAUUCUUUAAUUAUUUUUUUCGUUCCUAAACUUUUAAUUAGUCCCUCCCUGAACCUUUGUGUUUUUCACCUUGCCUUUAUUUGUACUGGCCAGGUGUCCCCUAGUGAUAAAUUGAAAGCAAAGUCCCUGUCUUUCUCUAGUUAAUCCUUUCUCUGAAUCUCUUGGUCAGACCCUAAUUUCUAACUCAACACU